AUGAACAUUCCCUUCUUCCCACCACCUUCGGCGCUACCAGCGACCGGGGCAUCCGACCCGGCACUCGACCCCUUUUCGACGAGCGCGUCUGCUCGUUUACCUGUCGAGUUAUGGCGGAUGAUAUUUGUCUUUGCGACGCGUGUCGUCGGUGGAUACGACACGUCCUACGCGUCACCAUUUGACGUGUCGGAUAUUACAAACGGGUAUGGUGUCUUCCUCAAGGAACUAAAGGCAAGCCACAGGACGAAAGAAACUCUCUGUCUUGUCUCAAGGUCGUGGCGUAAACUUGCCCGGGAACUUAUUUUUGAAUAUCUAUUCCUUCAAGACUCGUAUGACUGGGCAAUGCUUGCUGAAGCCCUUGAAGAAAGCAGACAAGCGGACGCAGCCCGCAGAGGCCACGGAGCAGGAUGGUAUGUCCGACGGAUUGAAAUUAAUACACAAUGCUGGACACAAGAGAAGGGUGUUGCUGCUGCGCGCGUGAUUCGCUGCUGUCCGAACCUACGUGUUCUGACCGUUGGUGCAUUUGAAGAAAUUGGAAGCGUCCCCAUGGAAUUAAUAACGGCAAUAUUUGAGUCUUGCCCACAUGCGAUACGUUCACUCGACUGGACGUGUGAUAUUGGACCAGAACAGAUGAUAGAAAUGUUCUGCCGCAUGCCAAUUACGGCGAAUCUCCAAUCAUUGUUUAUGUGCGUCCAACAGGACAUUACCCUUGGCCAACUCAGCAAACUCAAGGCAGCUGGACCUAUCUCCCUACCGCAUUUACACACUAUAGAACUAGUUUCUCCUGAUUUCGACCCCUCCGUCAUCCUCACGCUCAUGGCCGACUUCGACCUCCCUUCCCUCCGACAAAUAGUCCUCUGUGGACAAGAUGACCUUGCGGACGCACACCUUUUCUUUACAGCGCACGGUCCAAAAUUGACCACACUGGAAUUCGAUUUUGCUGGAGAACCAAAUGUGGAAUCCCCCACCACUAUUCCACCCCCCACUUAUCCCACUUCAGACAACCUUCCAGAAAGAGGCCCCGAAAUGUUACUUACACGCUGUCCAAACCUCAAGGAAUUGGUCCUACAAGUCCACUGGGCAAGCGAACAAGCCCUCCCCGGACAUCCCCAAAUCGAACGAAUCGGUAUACGCGGACUGUACUUCAUCGGAGAAACAAGACCUCGUACAACAGAAGCAGCACUAGUACUCCGAUCAGAAUGCGACGCCGAACAACGACACAUCGUAAAUUCCCUUAGAACGGCAUUUCCAGUCCUCGUCAAUCGGAAAUUAUACCCCAAGGUGAAGGCAGUGAGGUUACUUGAUUUCGACCAGUCGAGGUUUAGGAGUGUGCCGUGGCGUACAUCGCGUGUUGCGUUUUGGGCGUUUUGGAUAAGACGAUUCGAACGACUUGGAAUUCGGUUGGAGGACCAUGCGGGAGAGCUUAUUGAGCUGGUGUUUCGGGAGGUGAAUGUCCUACUUCCCGAAGAUGAGGAUCCCUCUAUUUGUUGUGGUUGACGAGUAUUUGCGAACACUACAACUUUUCUCGCCUCGGACGAAAAGGACUAAUCAGAAUUAAUACGCUGCGUAUUCUCGCACGUCAAACAAGAACAUUAUAUUUAUAUAUGCAUCUUUGGAGGAACGGGAGGAUCUAUUCUGCAGAAUUUUUCACUUUCAACUCAU